AUGUUAUAAGAUGAGAUCAUGAAACCUUCUUUUAGGUUAAGCGAUUUAUUGAAGUUCGAAGACCAAACUCUCUUUCUAGACUCUCCAACGAAAAGAAAGUCAUUGGCUCCUCCUAAACCUCUCCAAAAACACAUAUUUGACAUUACCAAUGGAGCUUUUCAGUUCACUAUUACAGAAUUCACUUAAAGCAUUAAAAAGGAAAGAGUGCCUAUAUAAAAAAAUCUAAUCAAAAGAAUUAGUGUGUAUGUAGAGAAUGAAUGCUAGCAAUUGCAAGUGCAAUAAUAAUUGGAAAAGCGCAUUUAAUAGAAAAUUCUUGAGGAUCUUAAUUUACUAGUUUUUGCAUUAUGCCAUAUUUCAAAACCAAUUGUUGACUUUCUUGAAAAUCAUUUCAUAGAUUAUGCAGAAGAGUUGUAAAUAACCAUUUGGGAAAUUAAUCUCUAACUUUUUCAACCCAAAAUUGUUGAAUUGAUUAAAAAAUAUAUAGCCACUAGUAUGAACAUACUUCCUGGUAGUUUAUAUUCUCAAUUGCUCGAACAAUCACAUCAAUUAUUAUGCAGUUUAUCAUUUGAAGUUAGCGAUUAGAUUUGCUUAAUUUUAGAAGAAUGCAGAGGCUAUAUAGAACCAUUUAUUUCUAAAUUUCGAGAAAGAAAUAUCCCAUAAAUUUUAUUAAAUAAAUAUACCAUCUUAGCCUUAUUUUAAGAAUUAAGUUAGAAUUGCUAUUAGACUAUAUAAGACCUCUUGGAAUUUACAAUAUUUCAUUAUGCUGAGCCUGACGUUGUUGAAAAAUUCAUGAAAUAUGCUAUCGAAAAUUAUGAUACCCUAAUCUUGAAAAAUAAAAUGCUAUCUAAUUCAGCAUAGCAAAAUGAAAUUAUUAGCAGACAAACAGUUGACUAAGUAUUAGACUGUCUAUAAUAAUGUAUCACAAAUAAAACUAAGUCAAUUGCUGUCUAUAAAAUUUAAUGUAGGCAAAAGUUGCAAAAAAAAUCAAGUGAAGAUGAUGAAGAUCAAUGUACUCAAUCAACUGAUAUUAAAUCUUUUAAGAUGCAGAAGGAUGCGAGAUAUUAUUUAAAUGGACUAUACUUGGAGAGUGAGGAUCCUUAAUCUAAAUUUAUCAUCUAUGUAAUGAAUGAAGAAUUUAAAGUGAUAUAUGCUCCACUUAUCAGUAGAAGGUGGGCAUUUUAGAAGACCUUUGUGAUUGAUUAGUAAGAUAAGGAUGGAUUCUUUAAGAAAGAUUCUAAUAGAAAAUCAGGUUGGGGAGUAUACCCAGUAAAAUAUAAAUCAAUGAAGGAAUUGGUCCACUCUAAUUGGGUUCAUGAGUAAUUGGCUCUGAUGAUAUUGAAUUAAAAUUAGGAGGAUGUGUACUAAUAAAGAAGGAAGGUUGAAGGAGAGAUGGAUACUAUGUUUGGAUCAUUCUUAGCUAAUGUUAGUAGAAAUAAAGAAUUUUUGAAAAAUUUCGGUGAAAAUGCAGUGAAUAAUGGAUGCAUGCAACAAUUGGUUGUUUAUAUGCCUUUGCUUAGAGAUUUUUUGAAUUUGGGAGGUUUUGGAGCUUAGGCAUUAUUGACCAGUCAAGAAAUAUACACUCCUUAGAGAACAUUUACUUCGACUUUGGCCAUCUCAACGUCAUUGGUGUCAGGAGCAAUAAUUGGAUAGGCUCUGAUUCCAAUUCCUUUGGUGGGAGGGAUUGUUGGAGGGAUAAUUGGAGGAUACUUGGGGAAUAAGGGGAUGACGAAUUACACGAAGAGUAGAAAUGAGAAGAAGGCUUAGGAGAUGGUGUAGAAGUUAUUACAAACUUAAUUGCAAGAUGGUCAUUGGGAAUGCAAUAAGAUCAACUUGGAUAUUAUGGUUAUAAAUUUUAAAAUAUUAAAUGAUCACAUGCCCAAGGUGUUAAGUGAGGAUAGUGACAGACAAACGAAGUGGAUGAAUUUAGUAAUAUUUGCUGUUUUGAGUUUGUUCUUUAAUUCCAACGAAAUGCCAGGAGUGUGGCAGGAAUGUUUAGAUUGUCUACUAAAAUAUAUACAACUUGAGAAAAUAUCAAUGGCAGAUACUCUAGAUAAUUUAAAAUAGAUAGUUGAAGUCAUAGUAAAAAAUCUUUGA